AUGCAGGCUAACAUAUCAAACGAUUCACCCAUACAAAAUGAGGGACUACGAAAUACCAGGAUAUUAUCCCUGGUAGAAAUACCUUUUGGUGAUUUAAAAAAGAUGGCUGGAGAACAGGAUCCAAAAUGGCAAAAGGAUGCAGCAGAUCAAAAUUUCGAUUACAUGUUUAAACUUUUGAUUAUUGGAAAUUCGUCGGUUGGAAAAACUUCAUUUUUAUUUAGGUAUGCAGACGAUAGUUUCACGUCAGCUUUUGUCAGUACAGUUGGAAUCGAUUUUAAAGUUAAAACUGUUUUUCGUCACGAUAAAAGAGUUAAAUUACAAAUUUGGGAUACUGCCGGACAAGAAAGGUACAGAACAAUCACAACAGCUUAUUAUAGAGGUGCCAUGGGUUUUAUACUUAUGUACGAUAUAACAAACGAAGAAUCAUUUAAUAGUGUCCAAGAUUGGGUAACCCAAAUAAAGACAUACUCAUGGGAUAACGCUCAAGUGAUUUUAGUAGGCAACAAAUGCGACAUGGAAGAUGAAAGAGUUAUAAGUUUCGAAAGAGGAAAACAAUUAUCCGAACAGCUUGGCAUUGAAUUUUUCGAAACUUCUGCCAAAGAAAACAUCAACGUAAAGGCCGUUUUUGAAAGGCUGGUCGAUAUUAUUUGUGACAAAAUGUCAGAAAGUCUCGAUUCUGAUCCGACAUUAAUGGCAGGAGGAGCUAAUAAAGGUACUAGAUUAACUGAAGCACCUCAGGGACCACACAACGGUAACUGUAACUGCUAA